AUGUUUAUAUCUGUCUAUCUAUCCAUCUAUCUAUCUAAAUCAGUUUAUAUCUAUCUAUCUAUCUAUCUAUCUCAAUCUGUUCAUAUCUAUCUCAAUCUGUUCAUAUCUGUCUGUCUAUCCAUCUAUCUAUCUCAAUCUGUUGAUAUUUAUCUAUCUAUCUAUAUCAAACUUCUGUUUAUAGCCAUCUAUCUCAAUCUGUUUAUAUCUAUCUAUCUAUCUAUCUAUCUAUCUAUCUAUCUAUCUUUCUUUCUUUCUUUCUUUCUUUCUUUCUCAAUCUAUUCAUAUCUAUCUAUCUAUCUAUAUCAAAUUGUUUAUAUCUAUUAUCCAUCUAUCUCAAUCUGUUCAUAUCUAUCUAUAUAUCUAUUUAUCCAUCUAUCGAUCUAUCUAUCUCAAUCUCCAUCUACUCAAUAUGUUUAUAACUAUCUAUCCAUCUAUGUAAAUCUGCUUAUAUCUAUCUAUCUUUCUUUCUUUCUUUCUUUCUCAAUCUAUCUAUCUAUCUAUCUAUCUAUCUAUCUAUCUAUCUAUCUAUCUAUCUCAGUCGGUUCCCAAGAGAUUGCCAUGUUGAAAGGCACGCUGUUGGCGUCUUUAAACUACGAUUCCAUUUACUCUUCGAUGCGUGUUUACAUCGCCAAUGCCCUGCACAUACUGCAAAUGUUCUACAGCAACACCAACUGGGUGGAGAUGAAAGGAGCCGAAAUCAAUAAAGACGUGGGUAUUGAUGGCAAAGUGUUAAUUGUUGCUGACCGUUACCAAGCAACUUGUAGAAACUGUUCAACGAGUGGCUCUUGCAGUGGGAACAUACUUGUCAAUAACGUCUUGACCAGUGGCUACAAGGAUAAACAAGAUACACGAAAACCCAAAUGGGAUGAACCUAUUUACUGGAAUGGAAAACUAAUCCGAGCUGUCUAUUUUCGAGGUGUCGCGCCGAUUUGUUCUUUCCGUUUAUGUGAAGACUUUUUAAAUAAAUAUUAG